GAUCGAGCUCUAGUGGAAACGUGCCGAUUUGUUACAUGAUAUUUCUCAAUAGUUUUUAAUCGUUUUGAAAGGCGAACGCUAACGCUCGUAUAACGGUCACACUAAAUACUACAUUUUAAAAUAAUAAACGAUACGACGCCGUGAAAUUCCAGUGUAAAGAUGUGAAUAAUUAGAAAUAAAACACUUAAGUUCAUACCUACAGCUAAGCAGUUGGUAUUUGAAAUAACGGUUGCGUGACUUUAGAGCAAAACAAAUGUGUGGUCUUAUUUUUACCCAGUUUUCACCAGUGCUAAAUAUAGAGCAUAAAAAUGUUUGGCAUAAAUGCAAUAUCGUGAAAUUAGCAUCUGCUUGUUAGUACCCCUGCCUGAAUGAGUAUGUCCACAAAUAUCUGUAACCUAGAAGUAAUAAAGAACGCUAAUCCCAUACAAAAUCGGCACGAGGACCAACAAUCAAAACAAUUUGAUUUCGAUCGUACCGAGAGCGAUGCGACGCACCCAAUAUUACGCAGCGAUCAUCGACAUCAGGGUGAACUGGUCGAAUGUCUGACGUGCAGCCUCCAAUUCAAGAGUUUCUCCUACAGCGACAUUUGCACUCACUACAUAUUCACUCAUCCGCAUAAUUCGGAUAAUUUAAGACAUCAUCUGCCUAAGUGCUUGUACUGCAAACGCGACGUUCAUCAUUUCCAGCGCGCAAACAAAACCCAGCCGGAGAUCUAUCACUUUUGUUCACCCCGCAAACAAAGUUAAAGGUACACCAAUAUACAUAUAUACAUAGAGCGCCAUAUAUACCUAUAAAGUAGAGCCUUAAAAUGGCGGGUGCGAGCAGUGAAAACGGCGAGGAGUUCUUGAAUUACGACGGCAAUUCGGAUUCGGAGGAGUCCGAGUACUCGGAGAACGAAAAUACCCAAGAUGGCGACAAGGAAUCGCAAUCGAAUAGCAAUGCCGAUUCGGGCUAUCCACUGGAGUCCUCGCUGCAGGACUCCAAGUUGGGACAAAAGGGACAGAACAAGAGCGGCGGCAGUAGGAUCAGCAUAGGUGCAGUGCAUCCGAACUAUGGAUUCGGCAAACGCUGGUCCAAGUCCGAGGAUGUGCGGCUCAAGCAGCUGGUGGAAACGUACGGUGAGGACUGGGAGAUCAUCGGACCGCACUUCAAGGAUCGCAUGGAACAACAGGUGCAACAGCGUUGGGCCAAGGUCCUCAAUCCGGAGCUCAUCAAGGGUCCGUGGACGCGGGACGAGGAUGACAAGGUCAUCGAUCUGGUGCGCAAAUUUGGACCCAAGAAAUGGACCCUAAUUGCACGAUAUCUGAACGGACGAAUUGGGAAACAGUGCCGCGAAAGAUGGCACAACCACCUAAAUCCGAACAUCAAAAAAACGGCCUGGACCGAGGAGGAGGACAAGAUCAUCUACCAGGCGCACAUUGAGCUGGGCAACCAGUGGGCAAAGAUUGCCAAACGUCUGCCCGGACGCACCGAUAACGCUAUCAAAAACCAUUGGAACUCAACAAUGCGUCGCAAAUAUGAUGCCGAACGCAGGUCUGUUAAUGCAUCUGGUAGCGAUUUGAAGAGUUCGCGAACCCAUCUUAUCACGCUGAUCAAAUCCGGUGGCAUCAGCAAGUGUCAGAAUAAUAUGCAGCAUAACAAGUCAGUUUCUGGUGAUGCAGCUGAUGGUAAGACAGCAAAUAAAUCUGAGAACGGCGAUGGCGCUUUGGGCAAUGUCGUCAAAGGUGAGCUAGCACAAGACUCACAAGAGGACUAUCAAAUGGGGUCCACGUUGGCCCACCUCAGUAUGCAGAAUCACAUUAAGAUGUCCCUGCCGCGCCAAACACCGAACAUAUUGAAGCGGACGCGCAAACACAUUCCCGAAACUCACCUUCAGGCUGGUCCAUCAAAUGGGGUUUUCAACCAGGAAGAAGCCGCCGCAAACGCCAAGUCGCAACCACCGAGUUCGCCCGUCAUAACGCCCAUUAAGUCCCUACCCUUUUCACCGAGUCACUUCCUCAAGUCGCCAUGUCUGACCACCUUUGAAGAUAUGAAUCUGCGGGCUAGCACGCCGGUGACCAAGGUCUUUAAUCGCGUUGGCAUGGAGAUCAAGAAGCAAAUGGAGACUUCAUCCAUAGAAACUCCACACAAGAGUCAACUUGGGCCACGAACACCAACGCCCUUCAAAAAGGCACUUGCUGCCAUCGGCAAAAAGAGAGACGGACGUCGAUACGAGCCCUCCAGCCCGUCCAGUCUGGUGGAGGAUCUGGCCGAAAUCAUCCAUGAAGAGCAUCUGAGCAACUCGCUAACCGCAAACAAUUCCAAAAUGAUAGGCGCUGGCGAUCAGAACUUCGCGGUAUGCACCGCUGAAAACAAUGCUCAGUCGCCGCAAAUAAAACGUGCCAGGAAGUCAUUACUCUCAACUUGGAGUUCCAAUCAUCCAUCCAACGGUGGGUCCGCCAAAAAGAUUCAACCCUUCGAGACCGAGACGCCCAGCAAGUUUCUCACAUCGCCUGGCAACAUUCUGAAGGAUACUCUGUGCAGUGAACAGGAUCUCCCGUUCGACGAGGACAGAAAAGAGAAUCGACCAUUCCAUAAUCGCAGAAGCUACAAGUAUCGCGGCGGCUUGUCCUGUGAUCAUGUCAUUGAUCCCAAGUGGGCACGAGUGGCUUGUGGCAAGACCAAAGAUCAAAUAUUUAUGGAGGAGCAGGCCUAUGCAUGCCUCAAAAAUCUUUCCUGUAUUCCGCGCUCCCUUAACUUCGAGAAACAAAAAUGUUUUAUGAAUUCAUUCGACCGCUUUGGUUCGCUAUAAUUUCAUGUUGCUAUAUUGAAGUAUUACAAACAAAAUUCUAUGAGCAUCAUCUUUAUAAAAUUGUAGAUAUUGAUCCCUAAAAUUGCACAUAAAUUCGAUUGCGUAUUCGAAAUAAGAUUUAUAGUACUACAUUAAUUGGCAUUAUUUUUGAUUUAUCCACCUUGAAUUGUAUCUAAAUUUUGUAAUAAAUAAAUAUGCUUAACGUAAUAAAACGUGUUU